GUCCCCCUUCGGCGCGAUGGACGUGCUGCCGCUGCACUUCAAUACGCUGCGCCUGUGCGGCGUCUGGCACGAGGCGAGGCUGCACUGGCUGGUCAAGUACGUCUGGCGGCCGUUCACCGUCAGCUCCAUGCUCCUGUUCACCGUCUCGCAGCUGGGCGCGCUCACGGUCUACCGCGACAACGUCAACGACUUCACCGAGUGUCUGUUCCUCAGCCUCACCUACUUCGGGCUCUGCUUCAAGCUGCUGAACCUGCUCUGUCGGCACGAGGCCAUGCGCGACCUGCUGAGCGACUUCCGCCGGGACGUCUGCGCCCCGCGGGACGAGCGCGAGCGGGACGUGCUGGCCGGCUAUCGCGGCAUCGUGGCGCUGGUUUUCAACCUGCACAUCGGCGUCGCCCAGCUGAACGGCGUGUCGUUCGCGCUCGUGCCGCUGGCGUCCAUCGCCCUCGGCCAGCGCGACGUCGAUCUGCCCUACAAGACCUACGAGAUCUACGACAAGCGGUGCGCGCCCUACUACUGGCUGACCUUUGCCUUCCAAGUGGUCGCCGCCUGCAUCAGCAUCUUCGUCAACGUCACGCUGGACACGAUCCUCGCCGGCUUCUUGCUGACCACCUGCGCGCAGAUCGACCUGUGCUGCCACAGGCUCGCCGACUCGGCCGGUGGCAAACGCGCCACCCGGGAGUGCGUCCUGCACCACGUGCUCAUCCGCGGGAUCGUGCGCAAGCUCGAGGACUUCUUCAUGCGCGUCGUGCUGCCGCUCAUGUUCAUGAGCUUGAUCACGUUCUGCACCAGCGUCUACAACGUGUCGCAGACGAAGAACAGCGGCGCCGAGUGGAUGUCGUUCGUCAUUUACCUCGUGUGCCUGCUGUGCCAGCUCUGCUGCUACUGCUGGUUCGGAAACGAGCUCAAACUCAAGAGCAACGCGAUAAGCGACUCGGUGUACAACAGCGACUGGACUGCGCUGCCGCCGGCGGACCGAAAGGAUUUGUACUUCGUCAUGCUCUCGUGCCAGAGGGAGAUGAGCAUCUCCUUCCACGGAUUCUGCACGCUCACUAUCGAGAUUUUCGUCUGGGUAUUGAAAACCUCAUACGGGGCUUACAAUCUGUUGAAGACAGUCGAAUAGUCCGUCACCGAACGAGUUCAUCACCGAGCACGAUUCCUUUUCAAUGACACGCGUGGGACGCUCCACGCCGAGAACCUUUUUACUGCCGAGUGCGAGAACAUAGUGGACAACCCUUCGCACCACGUAACAAAAAUGAUUUUCACAUAUUUCUGGCUGUACGAUCAAUCGUACGCAUAUCUUCUGUAAAUAUUUUCCGAGUA